UGCCCUCGCGCUGCCUAGGAGACAAGACGCGAGACCGGCAGCGCCCACCCGGUCGCCAUGGAGCUUCCCCUAGGGCAGUGCCAUGAUUCCCGCUCCUGGGACGAUGACUCGGACCCAGAGUCAGAGACAGACCCAGACGCGCAGGCCGAGGCCUACGUGGCCCGCGUUCUCAGUCCGCCAAAAUCCGGGCUGGCGUUCCCGCGUCCCUCGCAGCUAUCCACGCCCGCCGUGUCCCCGAGCGCUUCGGAGCCUCGGGCCGCGUCCAAGGUUUCGGCCGUAAGUGAGCCAGGCCUUCUGAGCCUUCCCCCGGAGCUGCUGCUCGAGAUCUGCUCCUACCUGGACGCCCGCCUCGUGCUCCACGUCCUGUCGCGCGUGUGCCACGCGCUGCGCGACCUCGUGUAUGACCGUGUCACCUGGAGGCUACGCGCGCUACACCGCGUACGCGCGCCCUACCCAGUGGUGGAAGAGAAGAACUUUGACUGGCCGGCAGCCUGCAUUGCGCUGGAGGAGCACCUGUCCCGCUGGGCAGAGGAUGGGCGCCGGGCCGAAUACUUCUGCUUGGCCAAUGGGCACCUGGCUGCCAUUGACUCAGUGCUGCUGCUCCAGGGUGGGUCACUCUGUCUGUCGGGCUCCCGAGAUCGCACUGUCAACUUGUGGGACCUGCGGCAGCUGGGGACGGAGCCCAGCCAGGUUCUGGUCAAGACCUUGGGCACUAAGCGGAAUAGUACCCAUGAGGGCUGGGUGUGGUCACUGGCAGCGCAGGACCACCGCGUGUGCUCUGGCUCCUGGGACAGCACAGUGAAGCUCUGGGACCUGGCAGCAGAUGGGCAGCAGUUCGGCGAGAUAAAGACCAGCUCAGCCGUGCUGUGCCUCUCCUACCUGUCUGAUGUCCUGGUGACUGGCACCUAUGACAAGAAGGUGGCCAUCUAUGACCCCAGAGACAGGAUGGAGACACGGGAUGCUCCCACGGGCUGGGAGAGGGGGCCUUCGAGGGGCUCUGAUAUCCCUCCUCCCCGGCCCAUCACCCAUGAAGCCAGCCCAGCCCUGUUGAAGUGCCAGCAACUACACUCCAGACCCGUGCUGGCCCUGAUGGCGGAUGACCAGCACAUCAUCUCAGGCAGCGAGGACCGCACCCUGGUAGUGGUCGACCGCCGAGCCAACAGAGUCCUGCAGCGUCUGCAGCUGGACUCCUACCUGCUCUGCAUGUCCUACCAGGAACCCCAGCUCUGGGCUGGUGACAACCAUGGCCUGCUGCACGUCUUCGUCAACCGCAACGGCUGCUUACAGCUUGUCCGGUCCUUUGACGUGGGCCACAGCUUUCCCAUCACUGGGAUCCAGUACUCAGUGGGAGCCUUGUACACCACAUCCACUGACAAGUCCAUCCGGGUGCACGUGCCCACAGACCCACCAAGGACCAUCUGCACCCGAAAGUAUGACAGUACACUCAAUAGGGUCUGUGCUGAGGGCAACCUCGUGGUGGCUGGCUCUGGGGACGUGUCGCUAGAGGUCUGGAGGCUGCCAGCCUGAGCAGGUGGAUGUGGAUGUGGAUACUGCCUCCCGGAGGCUGGGCUUCCUCCUCUGUUCUUGGGGGACCAUCCCCAAUGUUGGUGCUGCCUCCACCCCCGCCCCACAGGCCUAGGGCACAAGGAGUCCCGGCCACAUUUGGGUGAGGGUCCUGGCCUGGGCCCUAUGCCUGGGGGAAGGGUGAAGUUGGGGUUCAGGCCCACCCAGGGGGCCACUCCCCGCUCUUGGGCCCUGGUUUUGUUAUGAUUUGGAUGCCCCGCUCUCAGGUGAGAGCGAAGGAGAAAUAAACCUGACAUAUUGGUGCUUGG